GUUCGUCGCUUUAUUUGUGACGCGCUACACACAGUCGGUCACUGCCACCUUUACAACUUGAGGCUAAGCAAUCUAGGGGAUACUCAAGCUUCAGUUCCCCUGCUAAACUAAGCUAAGCUAAGUUAAGCUAAACGAGCGACCCGCCGGCCGGCCGGCUCGCUGGAGGUGUCAACACAAUGCUGUCUCGAAUGUUGAUGUCUCUGCUCAACAACCUCCAUGUCGUUGAAAAGCUGGCGGAGUCUCGUCCGAUCCGUAGGGCGGCGCAGAUAACAGCCUACGCCAUCACCAAGGCUCAGAUAGUCGGCCGGGACGCCUCGCAGCGGGUCUUGCGGUCCCAGACACUGCGGCAGGUCCGCGAGGAGACCGGCCGAGUGCCCGCCGGCGUGGACGACGUGGGCAGGCGACUCAAGAGAGUCGGAGAGACGUUUGUCAAUGAAGUGAAGGAGGGGUGGAAAGAUGGAUCACGACAGGUUAAAAAAUAAUCAAGUUGGCUGCUGAACAGUCUGAUUGACAUCGAAUGAGAAAUGACAUGUAAACAAUCUGUUGUCAAGACUGCUGACAAUGAUUCAACUGUGGCUUCAUGGACCACCCAGACGUGCAGUCAAAACGACCUGACCUCCGACCAUGGGAGCAUUUCUGAUGCACCUGGGCAUCUUAUACACGUCACACUGACAUUUAAAUCAGCUAUACAGACGCGUGUAAGUAUGGUUGGUGGUGGCCGCCUGCUACCGAAACUGCCCUUUUCUUUCCACCGAACCAAUGUGGCAUUUUAACAUUGUCAUUUUUGUACGUGCAUGGUAUAUAGUUCAUGGAAGUUAUUCACUGUUGUGAAGAGAUUAA